AUGACAAAGCAGGACAGAAGUGACUGCACCGUCGCCAAAGAAAGACUCGGACUGAGCUUCACCAUUGACUACAUCCUAUUCAAUAAGGGAGUUUCUCAAGAAUCAACUGGCUCGGCUGACAAGACUGAAGAGCUGGGGAUACAACCGAAGCGUUCAGAAGCAACCCCGUCCGAGCGGACGAAAGUCAAAGAUGCGGAUGGGGAGGAAGAUCCACGGGAGGAGUGGGAGGAGGUGGUUUCGACCACCACCACAUCAGCCAGCCUCAGUUCAGACAAAUCAGAUGAGAAACCAAACCAGUCCUACAUUGCCCUCAUCUCCAAGGCAAUCCUGGAAUCCAAGCAGAAGAAACUCUUGCUGUGUGACAUCUACCAGUGGAUCAUGGACCACUACCCUUACUUCAAGAGCAAGGACAAAAACUGGAGGAACAGUGUGCGUCACAACUUGUCCCUGAAUGAUUGCUUCAUCAAAGCUGGGCGCAGUGAGAAUGGAAAAGGCCACUUUUGGGCAAUCCACCCGUCCAACUUUAAGGACUUUUCAAAGGGCGACUAUCACUGCAGAAGAGCUCGCCGCAGGAUAAGAAGAGCAGCCGGACAAGUCCCGCUUCCACGCAUUAGCUCGCAGUACCACAACGCCGUGAUCCGCCACAGCACUGCAAACUGUUGGUGCUGUCCACAGGUCCAAAUGGUCCCAAUGUCCAGUUUUGCACCCAGACUUUAUUGGCCUUGGCCCAGCAUGCAGCAACAAGUUCGGCAUCACCCAGACCUGCAAACUACUGUGCUCUGA